AUGAACAGAAAUCCCCCUCUGCAACAGCAGCAAACGCUUCUGAAGCAGUCAGAUAAUCCAGAGGCGCAUACUCCUAAAGUAAGCGUGCAGGAGACAAAAAGUGGGGCCCCUCUCGAGCAACAAGAGGAACCGAACCGCUGGAAGCUGCAGCAAGGGAGAUAUGAACAGCUGCCCCACGGCGAGGAUGAUGAUGCAUAUCUGGUAACUCUCCUCUCUGCAGAGGCCAACGGUGCUUUGGUAUCUGGGUAUUCGAGGCAACUGCAGCCUCAGCUUGAGCUUGCUAGGAAGCAGCCAUCGGCCUGUGACGGUCAAGACAAGGCUCUGGUAUCCAUUCUCGGAGAGACUCUGCAUAGCGCUGCCGUGGGUGAACAGAAAGCCGCAUCAGGAGCUGUAGCUGUACGAGAGCCGCGGAGAGCAUCGUUUACCACGGUGAGGCAAGAUGCGGCGGAAACAACUCCAUCGGUUGCUGAGCAAGCAUCAGUAACGGGGCUGCCAGCAGCAACAACACAACUCCAGUGGAUUCGAGAGGCCCUGAUUCUGUUGAGAAGGAUUGAUGAUCCACAGCACGUCCAACUGCAGCGCCGGAAAAAAACAGCCAUGACUUCCGGAGCAUGUGCCGCUUCCCCUUCGCCAACUCAAACUGCAGGAAACACAUUCCUUCCAGAAGAUACAGCAGAUGCAUCGACGGCUACAUUCUGCUCCGGUUCAUACAAAUGCGCUCUGCCGCCUCCCCCAAGGAGCAUCCGCUUGUUGUAUGUGAUGUGGAUCGGCGUGGGGGGGGGGCCUUGGGGAGGACGCUCAAAUACAUGGUUUCAUCACAGGAGGUACGUCGCAGCGCAUGCAAACGCAGCUUCUAAGAUGAUUGCUGGGGGAGUGGAACUGCGACCCUUUCUUCGAGCGGUGGAGGCGCUUGCAGCUGCAGAACGCUCCCUCACUGAAACGUGUUUCGGCGCCGCAGUAGCUCGGCAGGUGUUGCUGAGGAAAAGCUUUGGCAAAGUUAUGUUCCUGCGCCCUACGUUGCAGCAACUGCUACGAGAAGACGACUGGAGUGGCAAGUGUCAACUUUGCAUGACUUAG